GAAUAGGCAACCAUCUGCGUAUAAAAUAUGGAUAUUUAUGGGGAGGUUGCUAGUUUCAACAAGACAAACUUUUAGUGAUGAUACAACGGUUCUACAAGGGAAGCAAGUUAGAAGAUAAAACAUUAAGAGAAAGAAAAUAUGGCGAAAAUUAUCACAAUGCUUCUCAUGUUCAACUGCUGCGUUCUUUGUGCGUGCUUUGGACGGGGAAGUAAACUCCAUGACAUGUGGAAGAACAAGAAAGUACCACCAGGUUUGGUUAGGGUAGGUCGCAAUCCUUUCAACGGUAUGAAAUGUCAUAUCAGAAAUUGUCAACAUCUUAUUACGGCACGUCCUCCUGUAGCUGCUACGCGCAAAACAAAACCUCCUACCAAAUCACCAGAAGAAAUAGCAGCUGAAAUCAAGAGAAUUAAAGACCAACAAAACCCUAAACAGAUCAAAGAAUGGAAAAGCAAUACCGGAAUUCGCUCAAUUUCUAAGGAGAUGAUAGAAUUGCGAAGAAAAUUAGGAACAAAACAGCUCAGUUGUGCAGCCAAUUCCGAUUGUACAAAUCAAACUUGUUGUCUUGUAAACCAAGAUGGCAUUGGCGUUUGCGUGUUGAAGCCGCACAGAAUUGGAGAUCGGUGCACAGAUUUAUGCGCAUGCGCAAAUAAUUUUAUUUGCAAGAAAAUGGAAGCUAACAUAAAGAACAUAUCACAAUACAAAAGGUGUGCUAAAGUAGAGAAAAAACUUGCUCCUAAAGGCCUAGAUUUAAAUGACUUCAACAAAUGGAAAAAAAGCGGUGGUAAGGGCGGUGAAGGCGGUAAAGGCGGAAAGAUGAAAUUUACAGAUAGUAUCAAAAGAAUAAUGAAGAAAAGCGUGGAAAGUAAUUAACUUUUCUGGACAUGUGGCAUCGGAUAGAUGACGAUUUGGCUAAAAGGCUGGUUUAUCUUAAAGGUGAUUAAAGGGAACUUCAAUAGGGAACUUUAAAAAGUUUUUUCUUUCAUCUGCAUACUGCUAAUGGGAAGCAUUGCAAGAUUUUCCCACAGGAAAACAAACAAAGACAAGUGUCAAGGCAGACAAAACUUCAUGUACAUAUAUACAUAUAUAUCCAAUUAAAUUAUUAGUUUAAACAGAAGAUUUAUUACGAUGGGAUUGUAAUACAAUAUUUUUCACCCUUUAUCUUCAUAACACUGUCGGUUUAGAAAGUGACAGUGGUUUGCUUUUCUGUAAAGCCAAUUUAAAAAAAAUAAGGACAUUAAUCAAGCAAUGUAAUGAUUAAUUAACCGAUCAAUCUAAAUUUUUGUUUUUAUUUUCAACCAGACAUAGAUUUGACUUUCUUUACUUGGUAAAUAAAACGUUAAAUGACACAGUUGCUCUUAGAAUUAAUGUCUGUAACUUUUUUCUUUUGUUUUUUUUUUAUCAAGUAUGUUAAGUGGAGUUAUUUUUGUUUACAACACAUCCUUUUAUUUUGUGUUUACUUUGGAUGGCUCCAACACUCAUACAAGUGAGAGUUUAUAUUGGUGCUGUCAUUUUGAAUUAUCUUCUCACGCCGUCUCGAAUUCCCACCUCUAAUUCAGUCUCUAUAAUAUUUUCGCCGUUUAAAAUGGCGGCCAAUUGCUACUUCAUGUAAUGACGCACGAAUUACCAUACCUGGGAUGUGUAUGACGUACGAAAUACUAUUAACCGGGAUAUGAUGGGCAGAUUCUAACGAUAUAUUUCAAAACUCCUUUCCAAGCGGCUUUCAUAUCAUUUGUUUUUGGAACACCAGACGGUGAACUACAAUAACAUAAAUCUCCCUAAGAAUUAUACAACAUCUUCAUUUAAGAUUCAUUAGGUAGACGUUCAUUCUCCCUGAUUUUCUCAGAUACUUUUUCAUUUAUUAUGUUCGUUUUAGAAUAUACUAAGUUAGGCAUUAUUUUAAUUUUUCAUUUACAUCUUUUUUAUAUACUUUAUUUAUAUUCAUUUAGUAUGAUAAGUUUAGCAAAAGAUGUAGCUAUCUAGUGUACAAGAAAUAAAAUUUUUGUGUUGGCCUAA